ACCUCUUAUAAAUGCGCAGUUGUAACUAUAGUAAACUUUUUUAUAAGCUUAGUGCACUUUAGAGAACAAAGUGUUGUUUCUACAAUGUGGCAAUUUCCCCAGUAAAGAAAUAAUGCGACCAUAUUGAACUUUCUAGUUUCGUGUACCAUAGAAAAUAUUGUUUAAGCGGAAAUGGCGGCAUUGCCACCGCGUAAAAAUCCUACGCCAACUAAACUCUCAAAGCAACACCUUACACCGUUGCAAAUCCUGCUUCAAAUGGGAUUUCCUAAGCAUAGAGCUGAAAAAGCGCUAGCUGCAACUGGAAAUCGUGGUGUACAACUGGCCUCUGACUGGUUGUUAGCGCACGUCAAUGACCCGUCAUUGGACGAAUGUUCACCACGAGAAUACAUUUUGUACGCAUGUCCGACCGGUCCAUUCCUCCAACAGUUGGAAAGCUUUUGGACACAAUCACAUGAACUAUGUGGAUGGAAUGGAGCACACAAUUUUAUACCGCAUAUCACGCUCGUAUCAUUCUUCAAAGCACCAGACGAAUGUGCACCUCAAUUAUCGAAAGCAUUGAAGGAACUUAUGGCUUUACCAGGAGCUCACAUCGAUAGGCCGAUUUCUUUGGAACUAUACACCAGCCCUAAUUUUAUGGGCUUCUUUGUUGUCGAAGAUGACGCUAAUUAUCUAAAACGCCUUGCGCUUCAAUAUGUCAAAGAAGUGUCUCAUUCAAUAAUCAGCGAUACCUACGAACAAUUAGACGCGCUAGUUACCUGUUUCCCAUGGUGCGGGGGAGUAACAUCAGCCCGUUGUAUACCUCGUAGCAGCCGAUCGAUUUCACUAGAGCCACACGUGAAAUCAUUACACCUUACUCUAGCAUACCAAUUUUCCCCAAAUCAGUUCAACGCGCUAAAGCAGUUGGUGGAAAACUUGGACAGUUCAUUUACCAGCGCGAACUGGGAACUGCGAUUAUAUUCUCGAGAUUCUCGUCUAGCUACGAAACAGGUCCAUAAGGUUCUAUAUCCACACACGCCAAGAGAACUAGACGAACUGGAGCUAAGAAUAGGCGAUUACAUCUACAUGACGCCAGAAGCAAUUCAGAAUUCAACUGACGGAUGGGUUGAAGGAAUCUCUUGGCUUACGGGCAUUAGCGGUUAUCUACCUGAAAACUAUACCGAGAGAACAGCGGAGUCGGAUGCGUGGACUAUGCAUCGUACCGUACCGUUAUGCGAUGUAUCUCCGGAUUUUGAAUCUGGCUCAGAUGCAGUAGAUGGAGUACGGAUCGAUGUACAAACAGCUGCUUUUAAUCGGGCCGGUAUAGAUAACCACGAUAUUGAAUCGCAAGAAACAGUUUCGAUUGGACAAGCUGAAAUACAAAAGUGUAAUGACACGUUACCCACAGCAAGCAAUGAAAAACAAGCAGACAAUACUAUGCCACCGGAAAAUCUGUAUGAAUUAAUGGAAAAACGAACUUCGAUCUCCAUAAUUGGCACAGGAAAUAAUAUAUGCGCAGAGAGUGAUACCGAAGAAAACCGGCCCGUUCAAGAAAUUGCAGCAGGGCGUAGAAUCUAUGUAUUACGUCAUGGAGAGCGAAUAGAUUUUACAUUUGGUACUUGGAUUCCAUAUUGCUUUGAUGAUAUCGGUAAUUAUAUUCGAAAAGAUUUGAACAUGCCAAAGUCAUUACCUCGAAGAAAAAGUAGUUUAUGGCAGCGUGAUUCACCACUAACAAACAUAGGCCGAUAUCAAGCCAGAUUAACAGGUGAAGCAAUGAAGGACGCUGGAGUACGGAUUGACCAUGUGUUCAGUUCACCGUCGUUUCGAUGUAUUCAGACUGCUACCUCUAUUCUCGAAGGCCUUGGGUUAAAGGGGACUCAUCCAAUACACGUAGAACCUGGAUUAUUUGAAUGGUUGGCUUGGUAUCAGGAUGGACUUCCUGAGUGGAUGUCAAACGAGGAGCUCAUUGCUGCCGAUUACAAUAUUACAUUGGAUUACGAUCCAAUUUCAAAAGUUAACCAGCUGAAAGAGCAAUUGCAAGAAAGUUUGGAAGAUUUUUAUUGCAGAAACUCGGCAGUUACUGAACAUUUAAUUAAAACUACUAGUGGGAAUAUUCUGCUCGUAGGUCAUGCAACAACCUUGGAUACAUGCACUCGGCAUGUCGUGGGCGAGAAACUUCGUUCAACAAACGACAUGAGCAGGAUCAUGCAAAAAGUUCCUUACUGCAGCAUGGCUGUGAUGGAGUCGGAGAAUGGUACUGCUGGAUGGAAUCUUGUAGAGCCUCCGUGCGACCCAGUUACUCACACCAACAAUAAUCGUUUCGAUUGGAAGAUACUACUAUAGAAUACCCGACAAUAGUGCUGUUUACCGUCAAAUAUGACGGUAUUAAUAGAUCAGGACUUGUUUUGUUCAAUAAUUGCAUAUAUCGCAAAUACGUAGUCGUUUCUAUGAUAUAGUUAUUUAUUACAAAUAAUCUUCUAAGGUAAUACUCAUAGCUGACAUACAUUAGAUUUCCUCCUAUCGCUUUAUUAUAUUGU